AAUUUGCAUUGUCAUUUUGACGUUUUGCAUUUUUGUCAAAAAUAUAAAUAACCUAAAAAGAAUUAAUAAAAAUAAUCUUGACCCACUUUUUUCCCAAUAAAGUCAUGUGGUUAUACAAAUUUUUCUUGAUAUUUCUAGUACUCCAUAAAUGCCUGGCAAAUAUAGAUGAUUUAUCCGACAAUGAGUUUGCAGAGUUUGAGGAAUUUGAUGAGACCGAAGCAACAGUAGUAGGUGAUGAUCAAUCGUCCUCAAAAGAGAGUGAAUCCGAUGAAUUUGAACCGGCGUCUUCUAAACAAGAAGACGCAUUUGCUUUGGAUGAUGACGACGAGGUCCUUGUUGAUAUCGAGGUAGACUCGGAGUUUGAGCACUUCCAAGACGCUGAUGAAUUCGAAGGGUUCGAGGAUAAGGAAGAGAAACCUUUGGUUGAACCCAAAAUUACAAUUGCCAAAGUACCAAUCAAUUUAAGACAAAGUUGGGACAGUUAUUACCUAGAAAUAUUAAUGAUAACUGGGUUGUUUGUGUACUUUGUAAAUUUUGCUUUAGGCAGAAGCAAGAACACAAAAAUUGCAAAUGCUUGGUUUCAAACUCACAAGCAACUUUUUGAAGAAAAUUUUGCCAUGGUUGGAGACGAUGGUAAUCAGGAACGAAAUGAGAAUGUUAGUUUGAUAAAGGAGAGAGAAAAUGUAUUUACUCUGUGGUGUAGUGGAAGAACCUGCUGUGAAGGAAUGCUCGUUGAAUUGAGACUGCUAAAACGACAAGACUUAGUGGCUAUUAUUGCCAACAUGAUGAAGCCUUCUUUGGAUCAAGUUCACGUAACAGUCCGUAUGAACAAAGAAGACAUGGAUAGUUUUAUUUUUGCAGCAGCCAGUAAAAAAACAGCAUUACACUUUACCAAAGAACUCCAAGACAUUAGUGUGUAUUGUCCUGAAAGAAAGGCUGGUGAGAAAUUUAAUAUUCCCGCUAGUUUUCAAGUAAUGUCCGAAAUAGGAGAAGCUACUUCUGCUAUGCUAGAUUCAAAAGUAGUAUCAGUCCUGAACAAAUACGGAGAAUAUAUAGAUUAUAUUCACUUUAGCGACCAGUAUUCUGGUGCAAAACCCACCGAAGAAGCCUCCAGUGGUGCACUUAAGCAGCCUGACGUCGAAAAGGUUCUUAGAUUUGGGUUCAAUGUACCUGUUAAAGGAGUGCCUUUAGAGGAGGCCCUGCCAAGACUGAAACCUCUAAUGAUUAUGGUAUUUUACUGUAUAGAUAAAAUUAAGAGAUACCGUCUAACCAAAGAAGGUAAAAACAAGGCUGAUAAAAAUCGUCAGAAAGUUGAAGAGAUUUUCCUGAAAUCCACGCAUCAGGCACGCGCCGAAGCUGCGGCUGCGCGCCGUGAGGAGAAGAAACGUCAAGAGAAAGAGAAGAUUCUGGCUGAGGAGGAUCCAGAGAAACAAAGACGUUGGGAGGUUAAAGAGGAAAAAAGACAGGCCAAGAAACGGGCCCCAAGAAUGAAGCAACUAAAAGUUAAAGCUCUGUAAAAGUUAUGAAGAAAAUAAUGUUGAUUUUUCUCGAAGAGAUGCAGUACAAUUUCUAAUAAAUCUUUUUCUUAAAAGCUCCUAGAUCAAAUAUAGAUUCUUAUAUCUGGUAUCUUUAAGAUAUCGCUCUGUAUUAUUAAGGUGAAUGCAAUAAACUAAAUUAUAAAUUCUUUCUA